UUUUUCAUAUCAUAUCAAUCAAAAGUUUGUUUACACUGUGAAAGUUUUCAAUUUAUUUAAUAAAGUGUUCGUGCUUUGAGAAAAUUGUCUCAAAUUAAAACUACAAUUUAAUCCAAAGUGUCGUAAAGUAAUAUUCGUUUCACCGGUAGAAAAGUAAAAUGAUUCCGUAAUGAGUGAUAACAUGGCGAUUGAAGAAUUCGAAUUUGGAAACGACGAAAUCGAACUGAACACCAAAGCUUUCAAUGAUUAUUGCUUUCAGCCAUGGAACGAUGAUAAUGACGGUACUGCGAAUGACAUGGGUUUCCACAGAGUAGAUUCGGAUCAAAUAAUAUACAGAAGCAAGAAAGAAAGAUGCAAGUUGAUAGGAAAAUAUGUUAUGGGCGAUAUGUUAGGAGAAGGAAGUUACGGUAAAGUGAAAGAAUUAUUAGAUAUGGAAACACUUUGUCGGAGAGCAGUUAAAAUUCUAAAGAAGAGGAAACUUCGAAGAAUUCCAAAUGGAGAACAAAAUGUUGAUCGAGAAAUUAAAUUACUAAAACGUUUGAAACAUCGAAAUGUGAUAGAAUUAGUCGAAGUUAUGGUCAACGAAGAAAAACAAAAGAUGUAUUUGGUGAUGGAAUAUUGCGUAGGUGGUCUUCAAGAUAUGUUGGAAAAUUCACCCGGUCAAACGUUUCCUCAGUGGCAAGCUCAUGGAUAUUUCCAACAAUUGAUUGAUGGUUUAGAGUAUCUACAUGGUAAGGGUAUCGUUCAUAAGGAUAUUAAACCUGGUAAUUUACUCCUCACGCUUGACGGUACUUUGAAAAUAUCAGAUUUCGGCGUUGCAGAGGCAUUGGAUACCUUUGCAGCGGAUGACACUUGUUACACCACACAAGGUUCACCGGCAUUUCAACCACCAGAGAUUGCCAACGGUGCGGAAUCAUUUUCCGGUUUCAAGAUUGAUAUUUGGAGCAGUGGAGUUACCUUGUAUUAUUUAAUUACUGGAGAAUAUCCUUUCAAAGGAGAUAACGUGUACAGGUUGUUUGAAAGUAUAGGUCAAGGCAUGUUGAGUUUACCAGAUUCAAUAAAAGAACCUUUAAGAUCGCUUCUCGAUGGUAUGCUACAGAAAGAGCCCGAGAAUCGGUUUACCAUCCAACAAAUUAGGAAUCAUCCGUGGUUCAUCAGUCACCCGGUGAAACUCGAAAACGCUGUGCCAGUUCCUGCCUUACGUGGUGACGAUCUGCAUACAAUGACAGUAUUGCCAUAUUUAAUUGCUUACCACUACGGUAGUGAUGAAAAUCCUCAAUUUGUUACCGCUCACCAACUCAAUGAAGAAGAAAAUUCAAUAUCAGAAAGCACCGAGAAAAAAUUGAGUAGAAGUACGUCGAUAAACGCGAAACAAAGUUCUUGGCGACGUCAUCCGUUGCCGUGUCUAAAUGUGAAAAAACUUACCAACUGUCGUACAUCGUGAUCGUACGAAAUUUUCAAGUACCUAACUACCCGCUUAUUUAGCAUUAAUCAAAAUCAUCGGUACGAUUUCUGUCGUACAAUUACUAGUCUCUUGUUUAAUUGUUUCAAAAAUAACCGCUUUUCUUUAUAUAGUUUUCUGUUAUCGUUUCGCUGGUUUUUAUUACUCUGAAAAUGUGAUCAUAGAUAGGUAUCUUAAUUUUUUUCAAAGAAUCGAAUCGAAUAUUAUUUUUAGUUAUGUUUUGUUUUAAAUCUUCGAUUUUUUUAAUUACCUACGUUAUGCUUAUCAGGAUUUUUGAAAAACGUAUAUCUACCUACGUGGUAACAAUGUGUACUAUCUAUGCAAUUGUGAUCCAAUGACUAUUUUGCAAAAUGAUUUUUUUCCAGAACGUUGGUGUUUUAUUUCGUACAAAUUUACGUGUUUAAACAUGUUAUCUAAGAGGAUGAAUUAAUGACACUGGAAUAAUUCCUUUUGAAAAUAUUCUCGAUGAAUUAUAAAAAUUUAUUUAUUAUCGUAAAAAAUAAUCUGUUCACGUUGAAAUAUUUUAUUUAAAAAAAAUGCGAGGUACACUAAUUAUUGAUGCAACAAUGUGCUGAAGUUGAAAUCAGUUGUCAUAUUGGUUGAAUUUUAAAUUUCGAGAAAAAUAUUUGAUAAUGCAUGCGAGUGAUACAAAUUCACUGCCUCAUUAUUUUAAGCAUUGUACCCAACAAAAUGUCAUGGUUGAAUUUGAAAAAUAUAGGUAACUGUAUAAAAUUGUUUUGCGUUUAUAGCUGAUAACAGAGAAUGGAAUUAUUUAUUAUAAUGAAUAAAUAAUAAAUCAUGUCAUGUGUAA